AUCAGCAAUUUUUUUCUAAGCAGUAAAGUGAACAGUGAAGAAAAAAGAAGAUUAAAAUAAAAAUUCUGAAAAGAUUUGAGUCAUCUUAUAAUUAUUAUCAUUACAGGAGAUAGUCAUGGAUGAGAGUAGCACGUUUGUCAAUUCAACUAAUCCAAAUUUAGAGAAUUCAGUGUUUCAUCUAUUGGAUUCACUAAACGAUAAAGAUGAACAAGUUAAAGUGAUGGCUGAAGCAUCGUUGAUUAAAAUAUCUGAUAAGAAGCCCGAUGAGGUCAUUCUGUUUGUUUGUGAUUAUAAAAAGAAGAAUCCAAAACUUCCCGAUCCGAUUAUUGCUGUCAUUUUAAGAGUCAUCGAACACAUCACUCUGGCUAAAAUAAGACUGCUUGAAAAUGAAACAAUCAUAAGUUGUAUCAAGUAUACAAUUUCGGAGCUUAUCAGACAUAACGAGCCAACUCCAUUGAUUCAAAAACCAUGUAAAGAAAUUCUUACUUUAAUCGGCGCUCUACAUUGCAAGCUUGUUAUGGACGAAUUAGUAGCUCUGAUUCAGCCUCAUCAAAUCGGACAUUUCAUGGUGCUUGAAACAUUGGGACAACUUGCUCGAUCAAAUCUUGAAGAAUCUGUCGCGUAUAUCAAACCAAUUCUUGGAACUGCAAUUCCAAUGCUUACACUCAUCAAACAAGAUUAUCAAAAGCAAUCAUAUGCGAAUGCUUUUCAACAGUUUUGCGAUGCGAUUAUUGAAUAUCAAUCGACAGUCGAGAGAGGUUCAUCGGAUUCUGUUUUAUCAAAUGAACCUGAUUUGGUGGAGACAGCAUCAACAUGUGAGACUGUGAGUUUGAACGACAGUUCGGAGAACAUCGAAAGCGAUGUGAAGAUAAGUAAUGGUGAUCGUGAUAAAAUAACGAAGGCUCAGUUGGAUAUUUCUGCUGAAAUUGGAAUAACCUAUGAUGUGAUGAUGCAACAAUGGCUCAACACGAGAGAUUCAAAGCUUUGCUCUGAAUUUCUUAAUGUUCUCUCUUACAUGUAUCCACUUCUUCCGACUGUAAAAAUCCUCGACAACACCAACAAAAUCAUUCACACUUUACUUAUGAUGUAUAAACGUUCACUCGAUCGAGCAUCGAUCAGCAUCUUUCUUUCAAGCGUCAUUCAAACAACGCAGAAGAUGGAUCCAAAGCUUCUCGAUUCCCAAGCAAAUUCAAUUAUUGCAACUCUCUUUGAUUUGAUUUGUACAAAUCCUGAUUUUGAAAAGCCAGUCGCUGUGCGAUCACAUAAUGAAGUUCUUCGUUGCUACGAUUUACUUGCAACUAAUUAUGGUGAGAAAGUCAUGGAGAUUAUAAGUACAAGAUUUAAAUCAAAUGAUGAUCGAGAAAAAGUCAAAGCUUUAAUGUUGUUAACUCAUUUAACAAAUACCAAAGAUGAAGUUGUUAAAACUCGUUUAAGUGAAUUUCUUUUAAUCUUACGACAAAUGGCAUUGAAUGAGAGACAAUUUAAGAUGAAAGGAAUAAUUCUUCGAGCGAUUGUUGCUUUCGCACAAAAAGGUUUCAUCAUGCAUAGAAUUUUCAUAAAAUUUAUUGUUCAUCAUUGUUGUCACAUGACGAAAGUUCAACCAGAUCAAGGGACAAGUGAAGAAGCAAAUGAAUUUGUUCGUGCUUGUAAUAAUACUUUGAUAAUUCUAUCACGAACUUCGGAUCCAUCGAUGGAUAAUCUUUUAAAAACGGAACUUCUUCAAAUGUACUUGCAAUAUGAGUACACAGAUGCAUGCACGACACUUGCUAAAUGCCUUGCAAGUUUAUUUCAAAAGAAUCCUGAAAUGAACGUCGAUGAUCAUGACAAUAAUGAUAAUGAAGAUGAGAAUUUGAAAGCUCUUGAUGACACAUCAUCAGUUGGUGUUGUUAAUCUUCCUUCAGCUGAAUCAAUUUUUGUCAGAUCUCUCGUGCUUUUAGCAACAUUCGACAACAGAGAAAGACUUCAAUCAGUUCUUAAAUUUCUUUAUUUCUUCUGUCCAAACUUGCAUGGCAAACAUCUCCAAAUGCUGUGGAAUGAGAAGAUUGAUGGUCUUGUUGAGCUUGUGAAGAUUGGAGAUGACGAUAAAUUCUACAAAGAUUUGAAUAUCUUCAUUAAAGCGACAAUCAAAGAUAUCGACGAUGUAAAGUUCAGUGAAUCUCUUGUGAAUAAAAUGAGCGAUCAAUUUGUACUUUAUCAUCCGCCACCAUUAAACGCAACAUCAUCAAUUGUCACACAACAUCACAAUCAACUCAACACGGAAUUGAUAGUGUCGAAUUUAAGGAGUGAGCGUGGAAUGUUAAUGAAACUUCUUGGAUUUUGUUUAUGUUAUGUCACCGACCCACCGUCAAUUGAUACAAAAAUUGAUUUGAUUAUAAGUCAAGUGAAAGGUGAAAAGUUGGAGAAGCAAGUGACGUAUCAAGAACUUGAGGAAAAGUUCUUCGAUCCUGCCAAAGCACUUGGCUACGUGUCACGUGUUCAUUAUGAUUUGUUAAUGAAGAAGUUCGAUGUGAUUAUCAACGAAGACAUGAUGAAGAAGUCUGGCUCAAUUUUUUCAAGUUUCAACUUCACAAAAGAUUCACAGAAAGAGUCGGAAAAGUAUAAAAUGCGAAUUCUUGUGAUUUUCGCAUCGAAUUUCAUUGUUGAAAACACGCCACAAGCGAAUAUUGUGAAGAACUUUGAGAGUCAAAAUAACAAAGUCAUCGAAUACAUUAAUCGUCAGUUGAUGGACAUGCGUGAAUGCCAAAUAAAGAAAAUCAUUCUCUGCACUUUACUUCGAGUUACAGAAUAUUAUUUGGAGCAAGAAAAACAAGAGAAUGAAGAGAAAUCAAAGUUUAUGUACAUUCACGACUUGUUGGAUUUAAUUUUGAAAAUUCCGAUUGAGAACGUGAUGGGAUCGAGUGGUGCUAAUGGAAAUUCAGGAAAUUACGGAUUUUACGAUUAUCUUCCACUUUAUCCAACGAUUUUAAAGUUGGCAACAAAUCUCAUUCGAUUGUCGCCGUUUGAAGAUGGAAUGGACUUGGAUGGAACGAAUUUGUUGAACAUCACUUCACAUCAUUUCUUCACAGCUGCUCUCAACUUGAAUGCUGAUGACGAGAAGCAACAAAGUUAUCUUGCACCACACAUCAACAGUUCCAUCCCCGAAUUAAAUUGCUUUAUAAGAAUUUUACUUGAAAGAAAUCCGUCACCAGCUGGUCUUGAUGACGUCGUCAGCAUUCUCGAGAAGUGGAUGAAAGAGAAGAAUUCGCAAGUGAGAAUUUGUGCUUCAUUAAUCAUGGAAGCGACGCUCGAUUCAUACAUCAAAACCAUGAAAAUUGGUUGCGAAGCACCAUCGAAGUUCCAUCAAACGGGAUCGAUGUUGGGCAAAGUCAUUCCCAGAUGUAUUGACUCAAGUGGACGUGUGAGAGAAAUUUGUGUGAAUAUUUUAAAGAAAAUUCUCGAAUUGGCUUGCAUUUAUGAGACACUCACAAUUCCUGACUACACCAUGUCAUGGAUGGUGGAUUUGAAGAAGAUCAAAGAUGAAAUCACAGUCGAUGAUAAUGAAGAAAUUAUAAAAAUGACGAAAGAAAUUUCCACCAUCGUUGCACUUCGUUUAACAAAUCAACAAUAUGUGACAUUCUCAAAGACGUUGCUUUACAACAUGAAUGAUAAAGACUUCAAUGCUUCAGCUGGUGCUGCCCUUGUUUUGAAUUAUUUCAUUCAACUUAAAGGUUCUGAGAUGUUCCAUGCAAUUCCUGAUCUUGUCAAAGAUUCGUUUCAUGCUUUGAAAGUUUGUGAGAAUCCAAAUACAAAAAUGAAUUUGUUUCUAUCGCUUGUGUCACUUACGAAACACCAUCCGAAGCUUGUCUGUGCUGAGAUGCUGAUGCAAUCACUUCCAUUUGAUGAGAAUGUCAGUGAAUAUUGGCGCUCAUUGACAGCUGACAGUGACUUGACUGGAAUCAUUGUUGAUAACUUUCUCGAGACAAUUUACGAAGUUGCGCCUUAUGAUCCAUCACAAAGUGAAUCUGAAAAGACACAAAAAGUAUUGACACAUCAACCAUUUGCUGUUCUUUGUGCCUUAAAGGAAAUUAUCUUCAGUAAAGAUGGAUCGUCUGUGGGUGAGUUUAAGAAGAGAUUCUCACCUUUGUUCAGCAUGUUGUUGACAACUUUAGCGACCUACACAAACACAAUCCCAUCAAUGUUUCCUCCAGUUCAAGUCGAUGUCGAAAAAAUUAAAGUCCCAUCAUCAGCGAGUAAGAACAACAAAGGAACUCGCUUCAGUUUCAUUCCAAAUCGUGAUGUUGUUAAAGUGAAUCCGGCACUUGUAGUCAUUGACACUUUCGUGAAGUUGUUGGAUAAUCUGGGAAUGGAACAGAUGAAGAAUACUUUGCAAUUGUUCCCGCAACUAGUAUCGAGUGCUGACUUAAAUAACUUCUCCGAGUUCCUGCCAGCAUUGGCGGUUGCAACUGGAAACUCAUUCAGCAUGAAUUCUUCGACAAUGAAGGAAAUUAUUCAAGGCAUGAGUAAAUAUAUGUCAUCACCUUGCGAUGCACAUCGAAUUGCAACAAUUGGAUUUUAUUCGCAAGUCGUUCCUUUGAAGCCAUGCGGAGAAAUCUCGUCAGUUGUCAUGCUUCAUUUGACUGCUGCACUUUCAGAUCCAAACUCGCUUGUUCGUGGUUUUUGUAUUCGUGGGUUGGGAUUUGUUGGUGCAUUGACACAACAUGAUAUUGAGAAGUAUUCGGAACUAGCAUUAGCAGCACUUUUGAAAGGAAUCGACGACUAUAACGCAAAUUGUCUGAUUAACAUUCCUUUGGAAUCCCUUCGAGGAUUAAGUCGUGUUAUUGAGCCAAUCAAGAGAGAGAAGUUGGAAUUAUUUGAAGUAUCUUUGACGAUUCGAAUUCGUCCUUUCUUUGAAAAUCAAUCGAUUGAGAUACGUGAAGCAGCAAUUCUUCUAUUCGGUGAUUUAUGUCAUCAAACGAGACUGAAAAAUCAAUCAAAAGAAGUUUCUGAAGCUUUAAAUGAACAACUUUUGACGAAUCUUUUUCCUUUCUUACUUCAUCUUGGUGAAUAUGAAUCAAUUAUAAGCAGAGCAUGCAGAAUUACAUUGCGACACAUGAGCGAACUUUUGGAAGCCAAUGAACUUAACAAGAGGGUCCAGUAUGAAUUAGAAGAUUUUCAUCAACUUAAUUAUGACUCAUUCAUUCAUGACUUCACUCGUAUUGCUUGCAUUGAAAUUCCUGAUAAAAUUCCAAACUUCAUUGAGUCAUGUUUGCCUUAUUUGCGCAGUCAUUGGAACGAAAUUCGUUCACAUGCUUGUACAAUUCUUGGACUUCUUCAUUAUUUUGGAGGAAGCUUAAUUGAGGAUGAAAAAUAUCGAGUUGAAUUGGAAACAACAAGUAGCGAAAAAGUUUCAGCAUGUUUGAAAGAUGAACAGAUAAUCGUAAGAAUUAAAGCAGCUGAGUCAUUGGGAUAUUUAUUCAGCGAACCUUAGAAAGGCUAUUGAUAUUUAAAAAAUUAUAUUCUUAAAUAAAAAUGUUAUCUUUUUAAAUAAAUUUAACGAACUUUCUAAA